AGGGGGAGGUGCCCGGCUGCUUCUCCCGCGUCCGCCAUUUUGUUGCUGUGGCUAGUGGGAGCGGGCUGGGCGAGACGGCCCGGGAGGCGCGACUCUCGUUGGAGUGCGGUGCUUCGUGUGACCGCGAGGAUCGGUGCGGGCUGUUGAGGCUGCGGAGCCGACGGGUUCCAGGACAGAAGUCACUGGAGCUUCCCCUGUACUCCGGACAGCUGAGAAGCCCGAGGCGGCCUCCGCUACUGCUCAGCUUCGCCCACCUCGACCCGGGGGCUUUGCCCAGUGUUCCCGGACCGGCUCUCUCCGUGAGGCGGCCCGGUGCAGGAGGGCGGUGGCGGAGGAUGCUGCGGGGCCCGGAGCCUAGAGGAACGUCCUGACCAAGCCCUCCGAUUGUUCCUCGAAGUGUUCCGAGAGGCCCUUCCUCGACCCCAAAGCCGACAGUGGGUAAAGGCUUCCCAAGCAAGCGAGAGAGAGCAGCAGACGCCGCCCAUCCCCGGGCCCAACACCAUGUCCUCCGCCAGGUUUGAUUCUUCAGACCGCUCUGCCUGGUACAUGGGGCCGGUGACUCGCCAGGAGGCGCAGACUCGUCUCCAGGGCCAGCGCCAUGGCAUGUUCCUAGUCCGGGACUCAUCUACCUGCCCCGGGGACUAUGUACUGUCCGUGUCCGAGAACUCGCGUGUCUCGCACUACAUCAUCAACUCCCUGCCCAACCGCCGCUUUAAGAUCGGGGACCAGGAGUUUGACCAUUUGCCGGCCUUGCUGGAGUUCUACAAGAUCCACUACCUGGACACUACCACCUUAAUCGAACCGGCGCCCAGGUACCCAAGCCCACCAGUGGGUUCUAUCUCAGCACCCAACUUACCUACAGCAGAAGAAAAUCUGGAAUAUGUACGGACUCUGUAUGAUUUUCCUGGGAAUGAUGCUGAAGACCUACCCUUUAAGAAGGGUGAGCUUCUAGUGAUAAUAGAAAAGCCUGAAGAGCAGUGGUGGAGUGCCCGCAACAAGGACGGCCGGGUUGGGAUGAUUCCUGUCCCUUACGUUGAAAAGCUUGUGAGGUCUUCGCCACAUGGAAAGCAUGGAAAUAGGAAUUCUAACAGUUACGGCAUCCCAGAACCUGCUCACGCGUAUGCUCAACCUCAGACCACAACUCCUCUACCUACAGUUGCCAGUACUCCUGGGGCAGCAAUCAACCCUUUGCCAUCCACACAGAAUGGACCUGUCUUUGCAAAAGCAAUCCAGAAGAGAGUACCUUGUGCUUAUGACAAGACUGCCUUGGCAUUGGAGGUUGGUGACAUUGUGAAAGUCACAAGGAUGAAUAUCAAUGGCCAAUGGGAAGGCGAGGUGAAUGGGCGCAAGGGGCUUUUCCCCUUCACACAUGUCAAAAUCUUUGACCCUCAGAACCCCGAUGACAACGAGUGAUUGCUGUGCUGUCCCUGCUGCUGCUGCCUCCUUCUGCCUGUCAGUCUCCUUUGAAGUGGGAAGCACUCUGUCACAUGCAAGUUACACCGAGCUGCUGGCAGCCAGCUUUCCAUACAUUGGCAGUCCCUGCACAUUCGGAAUGCCUCAGCAGCUGCCUCGCUCACUCGGCAUUUGUAUCAUAGUCAUGCUGUCAAAGAGUAGCUGGUUUUAGAGUUCUUGUGGAUUGUGAACUGGAAACACUGGUGGAAGCACACAGUAGAGACUUGAACACAGAGUGGCUCUUCCUUCCCAUCACUGCCUUGUUUGUACUGGAGGCUGACAUAGAGAGCGAGAAAGCCUGCUGAUGGUCUGCAUGGAGACGGUGAGGCUUGGUCCACAGAACAGUGGCUUUGCCACCAACUCAAUUUUCUUUGGACAACAGAGGAAGUAAAACUCCAGACAAUUCUGUCCCGAACUCCUCGAGUCUGGCUGGUUUUCAUUUUCUUUUGUUUAGUUUUGUUUUUGGAAGACUAAUUAAUUAUAGUUGUGUGUUCUGAACAGAUUUUUAAAUAGUAGGUUGGAGUUUUGUGAUGGUCUAAGGAACAAUCCAUGUCCCUGAGCUUCCAAACUGAAGCCACUGUACGUAACUAAAAUAGGAAAAGACCCCCUGAAGUAGGGGCCUUUAUCGAUUGGUUGCCACAGUACCUUGUUUACCAUGUGACAUACAGUGUGCACAAGCAGCAGUCAUGGUGUGCCGUGCUGUGAAGCGCCAAAGUGGGGGUGGGCCUCUUCAGUGAGAAUGUAGUGAAGUGUGUGGCCUUACUAGAUCCAUGAGUUAAAUUGCAUUGCUGUGUUCCACCACAAAGGCCACCCAGCCCUUCCUGUACAGACCUAGCUUGUCCAGGCAGCUUGAGAGUAAUGUCUGUUCUGGUUCCACAGCCUGAGUAGAACCAGAAUACAGUGCUUCUGAGCAAAAGAAGAUGCCCAUCGACCAUGAGCCAUUUUUCCUGCAUGUCAGCUAGUACAGAUAUGUGUCUGAUCCCUCAUCCACACAUGGCAAACCAGAGUUCUAGAACCUUUCUAGAGUACACUCUUUUCAGCUAGACCCUGAUGAUGACAAGCCUCCACAUAGAACGCAGCAGACCUAGAGAUGUAGUAACUAGUGAGCAGCUCUGGCAUUUACGGAAUAUCUUCUGUAACCAUGGCCCUGGCUCUGCAGGCCUGAGGCUUUGAGAACUAAUGGAACAUAUUCAGGUGACAAAACCA